CUCUUCCUCCUCCUCCUCCUCCUCCUCUCACUCUCCGUCUCUCUGCGUCCCUCCGCAUCUAUGCCGGCUGUGUGAACCUGCCGUGUCCGGGAUAUUCUGCCAUCUCACCAGGUCCCACUGCCGUGGAAUGAGUUUUAUCGCCAACUGGAGACGAAGCGUGAAGAAAAAUGACAGCAAGAAGUGAGGUCACUGGGGAGGUACAAGACAUCCCCGACAGCCCAGACUCCUUGAGCCAGUUAUCGGUCAUAAAUAGUCCAGACCUGGAUCCCAUCAUCACAGACUUCAGGUUACAGCUGCCGAACAACAACGAUGCUCUGGAAUCAACAAAUCCAUCGAACGGGUGCGCGAGGUCAGACCUGUCUCUGGCACUGGAGGACUGUAUGGCUGCCUUGGAUAUGUUUCUCAGAAACGAGUUUGAGGAGGCGCAGGUCCGGCUCAAAUGCAGAAACAAAGACAGCAUGUACCAUGCUCUGACCUAUGCCACGAUCCUAGAGAUGCAGGCCAUGAUGACAUUUGACCCCCAACACAUCCUCGCCGCAGGAAACACCAUGAAGGAGGCCCAGGCUAUUUGUCAGCGGCAUCGUAAGAAGGCAAGCUUCUCCAAAAACUUCACAGAAGAGGAACUUCAUGCUGAGGUUUGCUAUGCCGAGUGUCUACUGCAGAGGGCAGCACUCACCUUCCUACAGGAUGAAAACAUGAUUAGUUUCAUUAAAGGGGGAAUCAAAGUGAGAAACAGCUACCAAACAUACAAAGAGCUUCACACAGUCCUCCAGUCUGCCGGAUACACCCAUGGUGACAAUCACGGCCAUUUUGAGGGUGGUGUUAAAUUAGGUGUAGGAGCCUUUAAUCUAAUGAUUUCCAUGUUGCCCACACGGACGCUGAAGCUGCUGGAGUUCGUUGGUUUUUCUGGUAACAAGGAGUUCGGUCUCCAGCAGCUUCAGGAGGGCUCUGCAGAAAGUACAUUCAGGUCCUUCCUUUGUAACAUGCUGCUGCUCUGUUAUCACACGUUCAUGAGCUUCAUACUAGGCACUGGAGAAGGAGAUGUUGAAGAUGCUGAGAAACUGCUGCAGCCAUAUCUCCAAAAAUAUCCUACGGGCUCUAUCUUCUUGUUCUUCGCUGGUCGAAUAGAGGUGAUCAAAGGCAACCUUGAUGCUGCUAUCAAGCGUUUUGAGGAGUGCUGUGAGGUUCAGCAGCAGUGGAAGCAGUUUCACCACAUGUGCUACUGGGAGCUGAUGUGGUGCUUCACAUACAAGAGGCACUGGAAGAUGGCGUACUUCUACGCGGACCUGCUCAGCAAGGAAAACUCGUGGUCUAAGGCUACUUAUGCCUAUAUGAAAGCAGCGUAUCUCAGCAUGCUGACACCAGAUGAUUGUGUAACCUUUGGGGAGACUGCGUUCACUCUGUUCAGGCAAGUUCCAGGACUGAAGCAGAAAAUAGCUGGCAAGUCUUUACCAACGGAGAAGUUUGCUAUCAGGAAAGCCCGUCGCUACCUCGUAGAAAACCCCAUUCCUCUUCCUGCUCCUCCGCUGGAGAUGAUGUACAUAUGGAAUGGCUAUACAGUCAUUGGAAAACACAGAGACCUGACAGAGGGCAUGCUGAAAACACUGGACGAGGCACAGGCUAAACUCGAUAACAGCCAGAGGACUGAGUUCACCAUAGAUGAUCAGUGCCUGCUGAGUCUGCUGAAGGGACUGUGUCUCAAACACCUGGGACACCAGGAGGAGGCUGAACACUACUUCACCCUUGUCCUCUGCAAUGAGACUCAGAUCAAAUAUGACCACUACCUGGUUCCUAAUGCUCUGCUAGAGCAUGGUCUGCUGUGUCUGGAGCAAGGCAGAAACAGUGAAGCUGUCAAACUACUAGAAUCAGCAAAGCAAAAUUACAAAAACUACUCAAUGGAAUCUCGGACACACUUCCGUAUUCAGGCUGCUCUGCUCAAGGCCAAGGGCAAUGGAGAGAACGACAACCAUGUUGCUUCCAGCCCAUAACAGGCAGAGGAGGGCACGCUAGAGCAGAGACAGCCUUCUCCUUUUUGCAGUCUCACAAUGCAACACUUAGCCCCGCCCAGCCAGGCCACCAAAUCAGGCGGGCGAUUUGUUUCUUCAUCAGGAGGACAUUCUUAUUUUUAUCAAGAGUGCCAACUCUUCUGACGACUGCAGCUCUAUGUGGCCCUCACUGGCUUAGCUGGGUUUGCUAGGCUCUCUUCCAGAGCUGACUUAUGAUGACAUUCAUUUCCUCAUGUGAUUUGAAAUAGAGACAAGUUGAGAAAUGUGCCUAUAUUUUAAGAAACAUUGCUUCUAGCAGGCUUAUUUGUCUAGCAAAGUGGCUACCCAUCAGGGGGGCACUAGGGUAGAAAGCAUUUUGUGUAGAGGGCCUUCACUAGUACCCCAGGAUAAAAAUGUGCCCAGUUCAGUUCACUGGAUGUGGACCUGAUGAAGCCAGUGUACCAGUCAACCCACUGUAAAUUACUGACACUAACUCCACUCAACCAGCAGCAUCGUGUGGUGUUGGUUGUUACAGAGCACUCCACCUUAUUUUAACUUAACUUAACUUAAUUUAAAUGAUGAAAAUGAUAAUUGAUUAAAAAAAAAAAAUAAAAUAAAAUUGGAGAUGAAGUUGAUAAAAAAUAAUUUCAAAAAAGAUGUGUAAUCCUAUGUUGACACUUUGUUAUUCAAUUCAAUUCAAUUAUUUAUAAAUUAUCCACAUUAUUUUAAGAACUAUGAGACCAAAUUAGAUGUUUUUAACACUAAAUUAUAUUUGGUCUCUCAUAGAAAGAGGACAUUUUAUUCUUCAAGUUUUGUGUCUGCUUCACUUGAUAUCUGUUGAAACACUGAAAACAAACAUACAAACCAAGAAAAAUCUUAUGGGACAUUUUCUUUCUGUCUCCUUUUGAAGACUUGAUCCACGCCUGCUGUAUUUAGGGUUCUUGCAGAAAGCUUUGUAAAUCAGCGAGCCAUGCAAACUCUCCGUGGUCAAAUAACGCCUAUCAGACUUGAAGUGAGAGUUGUUCUUUAUAUUUAUAUUCUGUAAAUGUCAUCUUCUACACAAAUUGUCCUGUUUUGAGAGGACAGAUGAAUGUGUCUUUUAGAAAGGCAGACUCCCUCCUUUUCUCCUCCUGGUGUGUGGGACGGGCUCCAACAGUACUUGAGCUUGAACAAAUAGGCCAUUCACACCGAGCAGCGAAGAACUGCAUGCUUGUCUGCCUGUUGCAUCCUUAGUGGGUGAAGACUGAAGACGCUCUGGAUGGCAAACGACCACAGUCUUCCUGCUUUCUGAACAUCAUCUGCUGCUCAUGUAUCUGUCAUGCUUGAAAACUUGAACGUUAUAACCACAAUCAUGUGUCAAAUAAUAAUAAUCUGUAUAAGAACAACUACUUGUGAUGAUUUAAAUGAUAAGUCAGAAAGUGGUCAGCCCCUAAACCAGGAAACUCACUGUCUUGGGUAUUGGAAUUAGAGAACUGCUGAUUUAUUCAUGAGUAGAGUAACAUUUGGGAUUCAAGAGGGUGAAUGGGAGUCAGUUUCUAUACUUUUAAUGGUGGAGGACGUAUAAUCUUUUCACAGUUAUAACAACAGUCGCCUCUGUAAUAUUCAAAUGAUAAAUCAGUGUUUGUUUUCCAGUAAUUAAUUCAGUUUUGUUUUUUUUCUCCCUUCACUGAUGUCGCUGAAAGAUGUUAACCAAAUUUACUGGGAAAGAUGCUGACAAUCAGCAAAUUACACUGGGCACAGCUAAUACUGAGCAGAGUGACAUUCCUGUACAUACUGGAUGUUUCUAUUGUAAUUUAACAUGAAAUGAUGGUAAGCAACUAAAAAAAAACAUAUCUUAA